CGGCCCCGGGAUCGGGCUCGGGAUCGGCCCCGGGAUCGGGAUGGCGGGGCCGGGGCUGGAGCGGUACCGGCUGGCGCUGCUGGCGGCGCGGGAGGACGUGGGGAACCCCCGGGCUGGGACCGACUGGGCCGUCUUUGGCUAUGAGAAGCACCACGACCUCAAGCUCCUGGAUUCCGGAGCCGGGGGGCCGGAUGAGCUCGCUGGAAAAUUCUCCGCUGCCAGCGUCAUGUACGGGCUGUGCCGGGUCCCCGAUCCCGGUUCCGGCACCCCCAGGAUUGUCCUUAUCAGCUGGGUGGGGGAAAAGGUGCCGGACUCGCAGCGGGCGGCGUGCGCCGGGCACCUGCCGGCCAUCCGGAACUUCUUCAGGGAGGCCACGGCCGUGAUCAGCGCCCGCCGCUCCGAGGAGGUGACGCUGGAGGGGCUGCGCCGAGUGCUGGCGCGGCUGGAGCCCCCCGCCCCUCGCCCUCCCAGGAGGACCCCCCAGGACCCCCCGGAGCGGGUGGGAACCAACUACCGCAAGACCAACCCGGCACUGGAGCUGCAGCGCACCCAGCGCGAUUCCUUCUGGGAACAGGCUGAGCGCGAGGAGCAGCAGCGGAAGGAGCAGGAGCGGCAGCGGGAGCGGGAGCAGCGGCGGCGCUGGGAGCGGGAGCGCAUGGAGGAGGAGCGGCUGCAGGCGGCGGAGCGGGAGCGGAGGCUGCAGGAGCGGGAGCGGCUCAUCGAGGAGCGGCGUCAGGAGCAGGCGCGGCUGGACGCGGAGGAGCGGAGGAAGGAGCAGGAGCGAUGGGAGCAGCAGCAGCGGGAGCAGGAGGCGGCGGAGCGGGAGCGCGGGGGUCGCACCGGGGUCAGCGGGACGGCGGCCGAAGCCGCCAUCCUUGUCUCCCAGCGCACCCAGAACCCCCGGGAAUUCUUUCGGCAGCGGGAGCGCUCGGGCUCCACGUCCGCAUCCCCCCUGCCCGGCGGCACCCCCGGUGCCCGCCGGCCUUUCCUGCGGUACCAGCGCAGCCUGACGGAGUCCGCCUUCAUCUUCCGCCGGCCGGAGCCCCCCCGGACCCCCCCGCCCGGAGCCUCCAGCGGGGCAUCGCCCCCCAGCCCCCGCCGGCCGCCGGGGACCCCCCCCAGCCCGGCCCGAGCGGGGUCUCCCCAUGCCACCAGUCCCGUGGGGAUGGGGACCCCUCCCUGUGCCACCCCAAGGAGCCCCCCCAGCCCUGUGGUGACGGGCACCCCCCGAUGUGCCACCUCUGGGACCCCCUCCGGCCCCAUGGGAACGGGGACCCCUCCCUCCGCCGCCUUGGGGACCCCCAAUUUUGCCACCACCAGGUCCGGGUCCCCCCCGGCCAUGUCUGGGCCCCCUCCCAGCCCCCCCCGGAUGGGGGUCCCUCCUGCUCUCUCUGGGUCAGGGUCUUCUGAAAGCACUUAUGGGGUAGAGCCCCUCCCUCCUUCCAGCACUCCCGGCUUGGGGUCCCCCCCCAGGCACCCCCGGGAUGAGGAGGGGUCCCUCCCGGACACUCCCCCCCUCCCCAGCCCCCCGGCAUGGGAAUCUCUGGGGCCACUGCUUGAGGAUGUCCCCAGCCCACGGGAGGGGUCCCCAAUACCCCCGGCCGUGCCCCCCCCGCCCAACCCCCCCCGCCCGCUGGAGGACCCCCAAGAUUUGGGGCGCGAUGGAAUCGGGGGGCACGAUGGGGGGCGCUGGGAGACCUCCUGGGAGCCGGGAUCCCCCCCCGGGCAGGGGGAUGAGCCCAGCGAGAACCUGGUCCUGCACAAAGCCACACCAGGCUUCGCGCUGCUGCUGGCCCGUGACGCCCCCCACCCGCCGCUUUUGGGGGGCCCCAGCCCCCCCACCGAGGAUGAGGACCUCUCCCCCCACGCUGUGUAGAGGGGGGGGGCGACCAGCACUUCUUUUUUUUAUUUGGGGGGGUCCCCCCCUAUGGCACCGCAGCCCCCAGGAUGGACGCCCCCUCCCCACUCACCCCCCCAAGCACAGCCACCACCCCCCCACACACACUUGCACCCCCAAAUGAGCAGCUUGGGGAGGGGGCAGCACCCCAAGACCACCCCCCCCCGCUGGUGGCAGCACAGGAUGGGGGGGGCACGGACCCCCCCCAAUC